UUAAGCAGAGUAUUUUGUCCGUGAUACUGGCUCAGACUAUUGCCAAUUCGCUUUAAUUGUCAAAUUGUUAAUCAGCCUAACCAAAAUAUUUACAGGAAUAGCUUGCCAUUUGCUACUUCAAUCUACUGUAGGCUAGCUCAUAAGACACAGUAGCUAAACCCCUUUUAUUAUUUAAAAAAACAGUGGUCAAAUUAACGACGAUAAAACGUAAAACCGCGUUUCUGGUCAGUUUGCUGCGUCUUGGUACACCUCCCCCUGGAGCAGCUGCAAGCUUUGUCAUAACACAAUGAUGACAGCGCUGUGGGGGCUAGUGAGGGAAUUAUUCCACAUCGCAGAACACCCUGCACGCGGCGCAACGAUGCCUUGGUUCACAUCACUUCACUCGAAUUAACGUUAGUCACCACCUGCCUGUUUUGCCAGUAUAGUUCUAUACAGAUCUGUGCUAUGUGAGCAAAAUCGUCACGGCUGCACUUCUUCCUCGACGGCCAAUGCAGCGGGACUAGCUAUGGGUUCGGAAUCUACCGAAUCCCGGCCAGAUGCGUGCGAAAAUUGCCACCACCGCAAGAAUUUUAUCACUGCUCAGAUUGUGCGGUUUUUGGAAUGGGAUGCCUAUCUAUAUCACGGAGAAACGACUGAAGUCAAUAUUCUGCCAAUAUGCGGAUCUAUUUUAGUUGAUGCCAGUCCAUCCUGAGGACGGGAAGGGAGAGGACCAGGACUGCAUUGGCAUUACCUAAGGAGACUGCUGAAAAUCAACACAUUCUUAUCAAAUGCACUGGAAGACCGUGACCCAUUCAACAGGUUUCCUUUUUGUGUCUUAUACAUUUUAAAUGGCCUUUUGUUUUUGAGUUUUCAGUUUAUGUUAAUCAUUGGCAAAAGGGGGGAUAAACUUGUCCUCGCAACAGGAAUGCAAGAUCAUUUUUUUUUUUUUUUGCAUUUAACAUUGCAUUUAACAUGGAAUUAAUUUAAUAUUGCCUGGAUUUCAACACCAUUCCAAGUAUUUCACGAAAAAGCAUGCCAUCUGCCUCUUUCCACGGAAUUCUACGACCUCUCUUAAUCGCCACCUUUUUACUGGGCUGUUUUGUGACUUUGUUUUUAAUGUAUUUUAAGCCAUCUAGUAGCUGGCUAUCUGGCCCAGUGGAGUCGGCAACAUCCUCACUCAAGGUGAAACACCUGUUUGCGAAAAAUGAGCAGAAUCAGACCAUCAUACUAAUCUGGCUGUGGCCCUUUGGCCAAACCUACGAUCUCAGCGUCUGCAGUUCACUGUUUAACAUUGACGGCUGUUACUUGACAGCGGACAGGAACCUCUACAACCAGUCAGACGGUGUGAUUAUCCACCACCGCGACAUCAGCAGCAACCUUUCAAACCUCCCUCCCUUGCAGCGGCCCUCUUUCCAAAAAUGGAUCUGGAUGAACCUUGAAUCCCCAUCACACUCGUCGCAGUUGCCUGGUCUGGAGAACCUGUUCAAUCUGACGCUGAAUUACCGUCAGGAUGCUGAUAUCAUAGUGCCUUACGGGUCCAUAGUUGCAACCCAGAAGGAGGAGGAGUUUGUGGUGCCAAGCAAGAGCAAGCUAAUCUGCUGGAUCGUCAGCAACUGGAACCCCGAGCACAUCCGUGUCAAGUACUACAACGAGCUCUACAAGUACGUGGAGAUUCACGCCUAUGGGCAAGCUUUCGGGGAAUACGUGAACGACCAGAACUUCUUCCCAAUCAUAGCCAGCUGCAAAUUCUAUCUGUCCUUCGAGAACUCCAUCCACAAAGACUACAUUACGGAGAAGCUGUACAACCCGCUGGCUGUGGGCGCAGUGCCGAUUGUCCUUGGGCCGUCGAGGCAGAACUACGAGAACUUCGUCCCCGGCGAUGCCUUCAUCCACGUGGAUGAUUUCCUCUCCCCGAAAGAGCUGGCUGAUUACAUAUUUUUCCUGGACAAGAACGAAGAGAUGUACCUUCGUUACUUUCGCUGGCAUAAGCACUUUACUGUAAAGAGAUCUUAUUUUUGGGCAGAACAUACUUGCCUCGCUUGUGAUUACAUUAAAAGGCACAAGGAGUACAAGGUCUUCAAUAACCUUGACAAAUGGUACUGGGGUUAAAACAAACUUAACUGCUGUUUGUGAAUGACACAAUCAUUCCUUUGGCAAGUUAUGAUUACAAUUGAAAGGAGAAUCCACAGGUUAUUAAUUGAAUGCAUGCAUCCUUGAAAACAGUAUGACCCUUGUUUAAUUGUUUUCUAUUUUAUUUUGUUUUGUGAAGUGAUUUGUACAGCAACACUUCUAUUGAUAAGAUAUCUACUAUUUGGAACUAGCAGUGCAAUGCGUGUGACAUCAUUUGCAAUGCAUAUGACUUCAUUUGUUGGAUUUCAAAUGUUUAGAUAUUCUACACAGUCAUAGUUUAAUGUGGCCAAAGACCAGAACCCCUCCCCUUUACACACUGGUGGAACUGUAAACAUAUCCUUCGGGCUAACCACAAUGUACUUCAGUUUCAGUUCUUUCAUUUUGCCCGUUGAUUUAAGCAAAUGCUUCAUUACUUCCUUUUUUGUUUUAUUCUAGAAACUGCAAAACUCAUAGUGGUAAGUAAACAUGGGAAAAGUAGCAUUUGCUCAAGUUUCCCACUCAAAGUUAAAAAUGAAAGGACACUGUGGUAAAAUGAAAUAGAGGCCAAUGGUCUCAUUGAUAUUACAAAGUGAACAUCUGCUAGACCUUACAGGUGACAUGCAAACAAAGCAUUCUUGGGUAUGAAAAUGAAAUGAGAUACCUGCAAAUCGAUUUGUAGCUCAAAUCCGACAACACGUUAAGUGAUAUCAGACUGUAAGGUGUUAUUUUAAGCCUUCGGGAUCUGUACAUCGGUGAGCAUGUCAUUUUUAUUUAUUUACUUUUUUUUUUUUUUUUACAAACAAAAGUACAAUUAUAAUUUUACAACAUGUCAGAACUGUUGUGUAUUUAGAUGGGCAGUGAAUUUUUAAGUGAUCGGGAAAAUUGUCUUUCAAUCAGUGAAAUCUUCAUGAUAGUAGGUAGCAUUGGGUAGUCUUGAAAAUCCUUGCUUUUUGUUGUGUAAUUGCAUAAAGGAAACAUAAUGUAAUAAGCACAUGGCUCUAAAAAAAUAAUGUUAUUUUAUCUUAUUUUCAAAUAGACAGUGCUGUUAAACAGACAGUCAUUAAUGUUAUAUAGAAGAACAAGAUGAGCAAAGUUGGGAAGCAUUUUCUAAAUAAGAAAUAUAUAUUUAUUUUAAAAAAGUUAAUUUUAAAAAGCACAUGUAAGAUGAAUCAGAUAUAUAUCUAUGCAGUCUAUAUUCAAAGGAACUUUGCAAACUGCAAAUAUACUGUGAGCAAAUAUACAUUUUUUUGGAUGGGUGGUGUAAGGUUGGCCAGUGUCUGAGCCAUUUUUUUUUUGUUGUUGCAACUAAAUGAAAACCUGUCUGGCGAUCUGUUAAAAUUUAUACAUUCUCACUCUUGUUUAGUGUAAUUCUAAUGCCGUCCAGUUUCAAUAUUUUGUGUUUUGUUUUCUAAAUUUGCUCUGUAGAUCUGUAGGUUAUCCUGUCAACAUUGGUUAUAUUGCAUUUUCAGCUGGUGGUUUUAAGCGAGGAGGCCCAUCCUUGUAGAGGGCCACGUAGUCAGCAGGGCUACUCGCCCUGGUCCACGAGGGCUGCUUUGCUUGCUGGUUUGAGUUUCAUUACUUUUUAUGUAGCCAAAUUAGCCACCCAUUGUGUUGACUGAGCCAAUUCAGCUUGCCUCUCUCGUACUUUGAAGAGCGGGAUUUAUUUCUCUCUUCAGAACAGUUUGGCCUUGAUUUGAUAAACAUUUGUCAUUAGUGUUUAUUUAAAAAUAAGGAGUAAGCGUCUUUAUAAGCACACAAAGGAGCAUUCAUAUUGGUGCUCGCAACCAGUGCUUGUAAAGAAGCACUUGCAUUUAAACUUCCGGACUUUAACAUUCAUUUGUAUGAAGAGAAUACAGAAACUGUCUUUUGACAGAAUAUUUUCUCAGCAUUAUCACAAAUGUGGGUAAAGGUCCCUGAAGUGGGAGAAUCAUUUGUGAAAUGGCCAUGUUAAUUAAUUGAACACAGGCAAGGAUUUCCUCAGAAACCACUCAAAUGUCUUCCAUGUGUUUGUGUGUAGCCACAUUCACCUCAAAAAUUAUUAUAUUUUAUGUGCAAAUAUUAUGAUUAAACUGAUACAAAAUAACAGUUUUGCUGUUUAUCAACAUUAGAGAAAGCACAUUGUUCAUAGUAAAAAAUAAAAACGAAAUAUCUUUUCAAACAAUAGUUUUGGUUAAAAGAGGUUAGUUACUUUCUUAGCCAUACAUUGCACCAGCUUUGAACAUAUACUACUAUGCCUGACACAGGUUUUAGCUUGCAAGGGUGUUGAAGUGUUUUAAUUCAUUUGGUGGAGAGUAUACUUGUUUAGGAAUUGGUUAGCACUUAGGAUACUGAUCCUUUGUUACUGAAUAUUUCACAAAUUACAAAUUGAGUGCCACAUUAACUUGGUUGAUUUCAUAAAGAUUAUUUGUUCAAAUUCCACCCGCUCUCCUUUCCCAUACUGUAUUAUGAGAUUAGGAUAUACUAAUAUUACGAUUUUGGUAGAGCAACACUGACUGAGACUUAAGUCUGUGAUGUGGAAGCAGCUAGAUCAGGAAAAGAUAACAUAUCUGGAGCUGAGCCGGCAGGGGGAACCAAAAAAAAUAAUAAUUUAUCAGGUGGGGAGGCAGGACUCUCAGGAGUCUGACCAGUUCUUUUUUAAAUCAGCAGUCCCAUUGAUCCUACUGUGUAGACUACCCAUCAAAUGCAGAUAUUAAUUUCAUACCAGAAAUGUAUUUUUCCCACUGGAUUUAUCAAUCUCUAGGGCUGCUGGGGACCACCUGGCUGCUGGGGAAGGAAUUAGCUACAUAUUUGCGUAUGGGAGACUAGUGAACAACCAACUAUUGUCACUGUGAAUCGCUAUGGAUUUGACUUAUAAAAAUGUUAAAUGUUCACAUGGCAUGAUUUCUGUUAACGUUUACUCAUUUUUGAGGACAACAUUUGCUUUGUAUUUUUUAUUAUUAUUAUUUUUUUGUGGUGGAGAUCUCCAUUUGGAUUGAGAAGAAGGAGAGUGUUCAUCAUCAAGGUUGUUGCUCUUUUGUAAAAAAAAAUGAAAGAAAUCUACAAGAGCAGCCCUGAAGAGAUACUGCAUUCCAUGCUUAUGUAUUCAAAUGUGUGUAUGUUAUCGAAAAAUACAAUGGAUAAUGCAGACUUUAUCAUCCUAUGUUUAAUGCUGCAAAUGUGCCCAUGGAUUUAAUGCCUUCAUCAUCAAACUGUAAACUAUACCACAUGCAUAGACUUUUAAACCUUUAUUUAAAUGGUUUCAUAUGAUAAAAUACUUGUAAUGAUGUAAACCAUGCCCUUGUGUAACUUAGAUGUGUUUGGAUUUAAGAUUACAUUUGAAUUUAGGCUAUUCUACAUUAUAUUUGGAAAAUAAUGUAAAGAAACAAGAGCUAUUGUGAGAAUUAUUUUUUAGGGGGUGGGGUGGGGGGAAUUGCUUAAGUAGGCAAUAUACUUAAAACAAUUUGCAAACUUUUUGAAAAAGAACCACUGGCGAACAUGUCACCAAACACUUGUCAGUAUACUCAAUACAAACUCCUUUGUUUUGUCAAUUCACGCUACUGUGCCCCGCUCAGGAUCAUUAACACCUAACUUGAUGGAAAUUUAAGCACAUUUUGUCGUCUUUAUAAUCUCUAUAAUAUCUUCAUAAAGAUGAAGAUAUCCUUGCUUGAGUUGAGCAACUCUUUGUUCAGAAGUAUUAGUCUCAAAAAUAUCCCACUCACGACUGUGUAUCUGAUAGGUUUGUGAUAGAAUAAUUAAAUUGAGUGAAGUUUGACCUAAUUUUUUGCCAAACUAAGGAUAAAUCAUUUGAAUAGAAUGGUAGCCAAUUAAAAGAUGUUAAAACGACCUAUAGAAGAUAGGGAAACUAGUUACACUAGGUCGCUAGCUACCUACCUAGCGUUCCUAGUUUCUCCAUCUUUUAUUUGGCUACCUUUCUGUCCGAACGAUUUAUCCUUAGUUUGACUAACAAAUCAGGUCAAACUUAACUCCUAGAAGGAGGAUUUCAUUUUUUGAUUGCAGUGAACCUGUCGGGUAGGACAGUUACUUACUACCACAGAACAUUACAAUGAUGAAAUGAAUGGGAAAAUAAAGCUGCCCCUGGCCAGUCAACUGUGACGCAACGAACCAUUUGAUAUUUGGAUGAACCAUUUGCAGACGGGGAUGUCUGCGAACUGGUGGGCUGUUUGGGAGCUUGCACACACCACGCUGUACAAACUUAAAAUGUUUUUUUCUUUGUCUCUUGUUCGAAAGUGCGUAGUUUUGAACAAAAAGUUGGAUUUUGUUCUGAGUAUACUACCACAUUUAGUGUCGUUGGUUUCCAUUAUGUCUCUGAAGAGUAUCACCCUACCACACAUUACAGAGUAUCUUUCUAUGUAAUACUAUGAAUUCUCCAUAUAAAGUAGGAAUUUGACACAUUCUUAAAACAUGUUGAAAAGCAACAGUAUUUUCACCAUUAAUUAUAGAGCUAAUAAGGUAAUUAUAAGGUAAUUAAGUGAAAAAUGGAAACUAAAAUGAGUGUUUUUGUUCAUGAUAAGUACUGCUGCGUUUUCUGUAUCAAUUGCUCUGUUAAACCCUGAGGACAUGUAGUAGAUGCAAAUGAGAUUGCAGAUGUAUUUUACUUUUUUAAUACUUUUGUGUUUAUACUGGUUUAUCUUUUUUGCUGCAUUAUUAUCAAUUGAACCAAAUUUCAAUGAAUCGUUCCAUUGUAAGGCCAAGGAAAAUAACAAAGUGCUUCUAUUAUGGCAUGCACAGAAGGUAGUGGCCUACUUUCAUCAUUCUUUAAUCUUGAAUAUAUUGAUGGAAAAGGAAACAUUGCCCCAGAUUCAUUCAACUGGAUUGCGCUUUGUUCUUAAUUCUGAGAAAUUGAGCAAUUUAAUGUUAGAUACUAACAUAUAAUCUUGAAUGGAACUGCCACUGAAAUGAAAGGAAAACUAUUCGUAUAUUUGGUAUGUGAUUUAAGAACCAACCACGUUAUUGUUUGAAUGAAUUAGACAUGUACCCAUACAAUUGGCAUAUUUGUAUUGGUGUUCAUCAUUGAGCAUGAAUUUAAAAGCUUUAAAGAGUUUUCCAGUGGAUUUGUUUUUAAUCAGAUCAAAUCAAAUUGUGUCUGGUGUAGCACUCCUAGCAGCAUAACUGUCUCUGGAGUAAAUAACAAAUGGAAUUUCAUGUAAUAAAUUCAAGUAAUAGCAAAUGGGACAAUUAAUCAGAGACAUCCAAAAAGAACAAUUAUAAAUAGUGAAUUGUUUCAUGGAAAUGUUAUGCAGACUGUUUUCUUAGCUAAUUUCACAGUUAUACUGUUCUGAGAAGGAAUGUAAGCAGGGGUCACCAGCCCUUGAGAGCCAUAAUAUCAGCUGGUUGUUGUUUCUAUCUUGAAAAUCAGCAAACCGUUUGCAACCGAGAAACCAGAUGAAUUAACAAUCUAAAUGACUGCUUUAAUUGAUCUAGUACAUUCUGAUUAAUACCAAAAACCCAGAAAACACUGAAUGUUUUCCUAAUGUUCCUGAAAUGUUUUAUCAAUGUUAUAACAUUGCCGCUACGUGGCAGCAACAUUGUGAGAAUGUUUUGUAUUAGCUGACCACCUUCCCUAUGACUGUCCAGUACCAGUGUUGGGGGACCCCUGUUGUAAAAUGUUCCAAGGAAAAAUCUGCCUAAUGAGUUCCAACCUGCCAUGAACUGUAAAUUAUUUUUAAAUUAUUUUUCAGAGGACCACUUAAAUUGUGCACGUAACGUUCUCGCGGUUAUUUUACAUUUCCUUCAGUUGUAAUCUUGUAAUAUCUGUACAUAAUCUGCUGUAAAUAGUGUCGGUAAAUAUGUCAGUUUGGUGCAAAUCACUGUAAAGACAGACUGCAGUGUUUUUAUUUUAUUUUAUAUAUAAUAAAUGGGGGUGCGGAGUUGUUUAAGUAAAAUGCGAAAUGACCUUUUGGCUUUCUCGACAAUUAGAGGACCGCAGCAUUCAAAUGGAAAUCAGCUGAUGUUUUCUGUCUCUGUGAGAACAGAGAACAACACCGAUCAGAAAAGCUGCAUAGAAAAAAAACACUGUUUUUGGAGAUAAUUGAGGUGCCAUGCCAUCAAAGGUGCUCUUGUGUGAGAAACAUGAAAGAGAGGCUCACUGUGGGCAGCUCGGUAACUGGGGAGUUGGUGGUGGGGGGGGAUUAAAGACAGUGUUGUAAGAUGGACACUUUCUUCAAGUGGGGGGGGGGGGAGGUAGAGGGAGUGAUUUUAUGAAGAGGAACAAGGGCUGGAUUUUGGAUUACACCUAAUCCCGUUGACGCUAUCAAAUUGCCGUCUUCUUGUGGGUCCGCGCCAGAGUUACAGUGCUCUGUUUCAUUUCAGAAUGUGUGUCUUUUUUGUGAUGGUGCCUGUGUCCAACUGUGCUAUUGUGUGUUGGUGAAUCGUCGUCAUAGAAGCUCCUAAAAUAUGAACCUCCCAAUUAUGUUUCCAUUGCACUCACAGUCAUACUCUGUAUGAAACAGAGGGAGUUUGUGGAGACUGGUAAUGUAAUACAUUUUACAGGUUUAUUAUUAUUAUUAUUAUAUUUUGCUGUCUCUCUCACUGUCUCUCUCUGUAUCUCAUUCAUUUCCCCUCUCUCACUCUUUCUAUUUCUAACUGUGCCUCUGUAUUUUGGUCUCUCUUGGUCUGCCACACCUUACAUCUUUCACUUUCUCUUUCUGGCACACAAAUAAAAUUUCAAUGUGCUAUUCCAAUUUGCAUUGGCUAUGCACUGUAAAGUAUUGCAAAAGCAAAGAGGAAGUUGAAACAAAAUGAUUGCAAAAGGUUUACAAUAACGGUUAUAACUAAAUAACAAAUGCAACAUUAAUAUAAAUUGUAAAGAUGGGAACUCUGUGACACAUUCUCUCAUUUCUUUCCUGAGGCCAUGAAAAUGGGUCAUUCUAAAACACCUGCUUAUUCUUUCACAAAAGAGUCGAAUAGCAUGUUAUUAUUAUUCUUUAUCCAGUCCAUUAAAUUCAAUGUCCAUUGAAAGUGAUAUUAUUUUCACUUGAAUGGCACAUAUUGCUGGUUUUGAUUUGUGCAAAAAUAUACACAACUUGUCUUUCCUUCUUUUUUAUGGAUAAUAAUAUUCCCAUGAAAUGGAAUCUGCACAUUUAUUUUGUUUAUGAAUUUUAUUAAGGCUUUGCCUUUUUGCACUUUGAUAACAAGGGAGGUGAGAUUCGUGUGUUACACCUCCUGCAAAUGCAGUAGCAUCUAGGGGGAGAAAUAACAUUUUAAUCAUUUUAAACAUUUUAAAAUUUAAUAAUGAUACCAAGUGAUUAGCUAUAUUCCUAUUCAGAUUUGAUUUGAAAUGGCAAGAGCAAGCCUCACACAAUAUUGUCCUUGCAUUCAAAGAUACAACAUGUUUUUUACUUUAUUUUGUUUUUUUAAGAGAAGGCCUAUUAGUCAGUCUUACAGUAUAUAGGCCUCUUAGGAUAAGGGUGUAAGAAUUAUAUGUAGUGAAUAAGACAUUGAUCCUUGUCUCACUAUAUAAAUUUGUGCAGAUAAUUGAGUGGUUCCCUGUGUUGCAGGUGAUUGGAAAAGGUAUAGUGUCAGUAGUACAUUUUUUGAUUGCCAAAUCAUUGUGUUUUGCCAAAUAAUGUGAUUGAGUAAAACAUGUCUGUUUUUGUCAAUAAAGUGUCCGAGAAUUACAGACCCCUCA